AUGGCACCGCUUCAGCCCAGCAGUAGCCGUAGCAUCAGCAGUACCAGCAGACUGGAAAUUCCUACAAUGGACGACCACGUCUCAUCGUCAUCAUCAACUCUCGCUCCUAUCUAUACCUCCUCAGGGAUGUCCAGCUCCAAAUUCGACCUGAAUCCGACUCCAGAACUCGGAAUCGAACUCGAACACGAACUCGACCUCGACAUUAGCGAAAGCCCUCUUUCCCCUCGAGCUCUGUACGCUCAAUCUUUCGACCGCCCUGGAUCCUCACAAAGUCUCCCCAGCACACGACGGUUCAGGAAGAAUAUGAAGGAGAUGACGGGCUUUGGCACGACGGAAGAGGAAUUUGAGGCAUUGCCCAUUGCAGUGCGGAGAAAGUACUUCUCCACCUUGGAGCGACUACGAUUUGCCCAGAACUCACGGACGAGCGCACUCCAUGAUUUGCCAAUCCAGAGCCAUCGAAAGAGCUCCAUAGCAGACCGCCGUGGCGUGAACGUUGCCCUCAUCGAACCUCGUCGGAACUUUUCUCGACGACAGCGGAAGAUCGCGAGACAACAAUCUAUCUCCAGCACCGAGGCCUCGUGGUUUCUGACCCUACCGGACAAAAUCAAGAACAAGCAGUUUACAAGGGAGGAGCAGGUGCUACUGGCUGGUCGACUGCGAGAAAGUGUAAUCCUCGACGCUGCCGACGAAGCAAUCUAUAGAGCAAGCCGACGUGCCAGUCGCAAUCUCCCUGUGACACCGUUGUUCGACGAGUCUCGGCCUGGUACUCCCCGGAGUAGCACAGAUAGUUCUCGGCCAAACAUCCAGCAGGAGAACACCUCGAAUAUGGCCGCUCACAUGUACGAGAGCUUUCGGUGGAUGGACGAUGAGCAGGAUCUGGAUCUGAAGCUGGUAUUGGACGACUAUCAUGCCAAUCUAGACGGCGUUGUCAUUCCUACUCCCGCCAGCGCGAGACGACCUUCAUUCCGACGACAAAUGUCCGUCUCGAAAAUGCCCUUUGGACGGAGUUCCCUUUCUUCUCAUCCACGAUCACCACUUUCACCGAAAUUCGAGCCUCCUCUCAACCAUGGCAGAACCAGAUCUCGCACAAUGUCCCUGAUACAGCCGAAGCAUGUAGCGAAGCUGUCAGUCGCCACGAUAGAUCCGAAUGCGGCACAUUAUCAAGACCCAGAAGCACGACUGAAGUUGCGAGUAUACCUUGCAUCUCCACAAAAGUUCGACGAGGCGAUUGAAUUCGGAUUUCCUUCUAUGGAUAGCAUGACAGAUAUUACAGACAAAGAAAAUAAGCCUCCGAGACGUUUGUCGCGAGAGGUCAGCGGAACGAAAAAGUCAUUUGGCAUUGACAGGGGUCAAUCAUUCUUGCAUGACGAUAUGGCCUCCCUGUUCGACGACGACGUAUCUAUGGCCGACCCGGAGUCACCACUGACCCCCAGAGGAGAUCUUGGGUUUCGUUCUCAAAACCAAUCAAUUGCAACUUCUGGAUCGAAAGGCAGCAGAACAUCCUCCGACUUUUCGCACCUGGGAAUCAACAAGCCUAUGUUGGUCAAGCAACCUGAGUCAUACACUCAUGGACUGGCGGGGAGUAGAGAAAUGACACUGAGAAUGACUCUCACGCGACCUGAUCUACGGGCCGAUGAGACGACAAUUUAUGGAUGGCAAAGAUGCAAAAGUCCUCUAACAGAGGAGCCUUCUACUUCGAUGGACGAGAAAUCCGAAUUCAGAGGGCCAUUGGGAGGAGCAGAUGGUUGGGGUCCAGAUAAGGAGACUGGCGUAGUAAAAAGAUUUUGGAACAAGGUUAAGAGCUCUCAGCGAAAGAGCACGUAG